AUGUUCCUAUACAACAACUACAAACAGGUGCUUGACAUUCUGUAUGAUGGCCAAACUGUUCUUCCAUGUCUGAUGUGGGAACUCAGUGUCACAGAUGAGACAGAACUCGAGUGUCAGGAAGGAAUUAGAUGGGAUGACAUGGAUGAACUAGAGAUGAAGCUUGGCAUGGACAAACAUUGGCAACCUGAAGAUAUCGAGUGGCAAAACACUGGAUGGCUCAUUGCCAACAGGAAGUUCCAGCUGGCAUUGGACACACUUGAAGGACUAAUUGUUGCUAGAAUCUUCAAACUCUCCAAGAUGAAUAGGGCAGGAACAGGCUAUAAAAUGCAAAAACACAUUGGCAAGGCCCUUCAAGUCUGGUCUGCAGCCAUUUGUACAGCUCUCAAUUGCUAUAACCUCACUGCUCAUGCAUUAUCUCCACCACAUCCAGCACUGAAGUGGGAAGACAUUGUUGAAUAUGCAUUCCUUGCAGAUUUUGAGCUCCUCCGUGAUGCAUGUGAGGAUAUUUUGCAAUGCCUGUGGGCUACUCCAUCCGGUUGCCAUGCAAUGGACUUAUAUUUCAAGAUGUGUCGUACAAGGGAAGAAAUUGAGCAUCUGAAUGUGGAGAUCAGGUGUGUGGCCACUUAUCUGCAAGACGAGAGCACCUGUGACUCCCACGUAAGGACUCUAAUUAGAGGUGCUAAUACAUAG